AUGGACCCAAAAUGCAGACUGUGUGGCCGUUUCGACGAGACCAUUGACCAUCUGGUCUCUGGCUGCCCUGAGCUGGCUAAAACUGAAUACAUCCACUACCACAAAAUGGCAGCUGCACACAUGCACUGGAAGAUCUGCAAGGAGUUUGGCAUUGAGGUGAAGGAACAAUGGUAUGAGCAUGAACCCAAGGCCGUCACUGAGAAGGAUAGCAUCAUGAUUCUGUGGGACAUGCCCAUCCACACUGACAGAACCAUUGCAGCUAAUAGGCCGGACAUUAUGCUAAAGAGCAAGAAGGACAAAACAUGCCUUCUCAUUAACAUGACUGCUGUACCCCUUGACACCAACACCACAGUACAAAGACUUGGAAAUCGAGGUUGAACGAAUGUGGGAGCUCAAAACAACAACAGUCCCAGUGGUUAUGGGAGCCCUUGGUACCAUCAAGGAGGACAUGGAAAACUACACCAACAAAACUCCUGGCAAUAUCAACAUUCAUGAACUCCAGAAAAGACUCCUUUCUACAGCCCACCUUCUCAGACGGGUCCUUUCCAUCAAGUAGAAACCCUCUUUGCCUUCCAAAGUCCAUGGUUUGGACUCGGAUGUUGA